CCAACCCCCCUUGCGUAUGAAACGAUGAUCCCAUCAACCGUUGCAGGGAUAGGAUGAGGAUGGCGUUUGAAAUCCGAAUCAUUAGCCGUUACAAAUUGACUCGAACUGGGAAACCUAAUUACAAUCGCAAUCCUCGCCACUGCCGCCUAUUUAUUGCGUGAUUCGAUUCUUCCCUUUAUUCUGUCUGUUGAUUCCUCGUUGGAUGAUCGAGAAAUAGACAAGGAUGGAGACGGCGACGACGGUGCAGCUGCCGGCGCAGCCUAAGCCGCGGACGGAGCAGGCGAUGGAUGCGUACGAGAAGCUGGAGAAGUUGGGGGAAGGGACGUACGGGAAGGUGUUCAAGGCGAGGGAGAAGGCUACCGGCAAGAUCGUCGCCCUCAAGAAGACCCGCCUCCCCGAGGACGACGAGGGCGUUCCGCCCACCACCCUCCGCGAGGUCUCCCUCCUCCGCAUGCUCUCCGUCGAUCCCCAUGUCGUCAGACUGCUGGAUCUCAAGCAAGGCCAGAACAAACAAGGGCAGACCAUUCUGUAUCUCGUCUUCGAGUACAUGGACACUGAUCUUAAGAAGUACAUUAGAAGCUUCCGCCAGAAUCGUGACAUGAUCCCGCCCAAAACUAUCAAGAUUUUGAUGUAUCAACUCUGCAAGGGAAUUGCAUUUUGUCAUGGCCGUGGCGUGCUGCACAGGGACCUGAAGCCUCAUAAUCUUUUAAUGGAUCAGAAGACCAUGAUGCUAAAAAUUGCAGAUCUUGGGCUCAGCAGAGCUUUCACUAUUCCCUUAAAAAAGUAUACUCAUGAGAUCCUGACUCUCUGGUAUCGAGCUCCAGAAGUGCUUCUUGGUGCCACACAUUAUUCAACACCAGUAGAUAUGUGGUCAGUUGGCUGUAUAUUUGCUGAACUAGUCACAACCCAUGCACUCUUUCCUGGUGACUCCGAACUGCAGCAGCUUCUUUACAUCUUCCAGUUUCUCGGUACUCCAAGCGAAGAAGUUUGGCCUGGGGUAGACAGAUUAAGUAACUGGCACGAAUAUCCUAAGUGGAGCCCCAAGAAUCUUUCAUCAGCUGUGCCUAACCUGGAUGCCGAUGGGUUAGACCUGCUUUCGAAGAUGCUGCAGUACCAGCCAUCAAAACGGAUUUCAGCAAAGCGAGCCAUGGAACACCCAUAUUUUGAUGAUAUAAACAAGGCUAAUUACUGAGCUCUUAACCGGCCGCCGCUGGGAAGUCUUGAUCCUGAAACUAACAACUGUACCACCACGGUUGUGGUCAUUUUGGAUGAUGUAUAGCUUUUCUCGAGCAUUAAGCAUUGUUCGUGUACUACACCUGCUGAAGCAUUUAGCGCUUGUUAGAAUGCCAUCAGCUUGUUUUUUACCUAAAGAUGAUGAUUCAGUAGCAGUGCGGUGUUUCUUCUUUAAAAGACAACCAAGAAGCAACUUUUACAACA